AUGGAAAAGUUACCGCACCACUUAAAGGUCGCUUUAUUUCAUCCUGACACAGCGGCUGAAGACGCCGGCACGGUGAUGAUCCUGAGCAGCUUCAGCACCGUGUCACUCGAAGAUGUGAGGGCCGCGGCUCCCGCCUGUCUCCUAUGGCAGCAGACAUACAUCUUCCGUGACCGAACCAUUACGCAGUCCCUGGUGGAGAGGGCUGCCGCCAGGGGUUUCUCAGCCAUCGUGGUCACCGCGGACUCACCCGUGUACGGAGACGGCGUGCAGCGUCACGCGUAUGCGUACGAUUUGCGGCGUGGCCUCAGUUUCGCCAAUGUCGAGGCAGCAGUUCCGAAUGGUUUCAAAGCAUGUAAGACACGGGACGAGUAUACGUGCCUAUUGGAUCCUCUGCCUUCGGCCACCUGGGAUGAUAUCGAAUGGCUACGCAGUCUCUCGAAGCUACCUGUAGUGGUCAAGGGUGUCCUCACUGCCGAAGCGGCUCUUGCUGCGCAUCGGCACGGGGCAGCAGCCGUGAUCGUAUCGAACCAUGGCGGCCGCCAGUUGGACGGGACUCCAGCUACGGUGAGUGAGGCAUCUGUGGACGACCGUGAGUGA